GACUACCCUAACCCCAUUGCCCGCAAUUUUGCAGAGACCGGCCGCCUCCCCCCUCUCUCUCUCUCUCGCUUCUGGGGAAAAAACCCGACGACGUGGAGAUUCUCGGCGUUCUGAUAUAUCGUCGUCGGGCGACGCCGUCUGUACUUAAUCUCUCGCUCUAAUCUCGAAGCUCGAACAUGUCCGCCAAAUGGCGUGCGCUGCAACAUCGCCACCGCUACACUUACAGCGCCGUCGUAUUCCCGCAGUCUUACACCGACGCGCUGACUGAAUUGCAUAUAGAUCACGCUCCGUCUUCGAAAUACUACUCCGAAUUGAAAGAACUCGUCGCUCUCAAUUCAACCUACGCCCAAGUCAAUCACGCAAAGAGAGUUGCUUCGGCUUUCGGCGACGUACUAGUAAACGGCACAGAGGAUUUGGUCUCUGAGGCGGCUAGGUUUUACUUGGAAAUCCUCUUCCUCGAAAACUCCUUGCCAUUGCACAGGACUUUGGUCUCUGUUCUGGCCAAGAGUCGGAAUUUUCAUUCGUUGAUUGCUAAUUGCUUUCGGUUGCUUUGCGACGAGUACGGUGGCGUGAAUGGAAAAGGGAAGAGGUUCUGUGUGUCGCGUGUGGCUCUGUCGUUGAUGAAUUCGCCAAAAUUAGGGUAUUUGGUGGAGAUCAUUGAGUCAUGCGCUGUUUUGGUGGCUCUGGAUGCGGUUUCUGGUUUGGACUAUAUUGUUUUGGAGACUAAUGAUUGGUCUCGACCGUCCCCCAUUGUUAUGGAACAAUGCCAAGAGGCUUUGUCUUGUAUGUAUUACUUGCUUCAGCGUUUUCCCUCCAAGUUCAAUGGUUCAAAUUUUAGUGGGAGUGACUUGCUUCCCGAUGAUUCAAAUAUUUUGAGGAUGAUAUUUGCAACCAUUUUAAGCAUCCUGAAGUCACAGGCAUUUUCAAGGGAUUGCUUUGUGGCUGCUGGAGUUAGCUUUUGUGCAACUCUCCAGGCGUGUCUUGGUCCUGAGGAGCUUGGUUGUGCUAUCAUGGAAGGUAUAUUUUUUCAGAAAAAUUGUAGUCUUGUUGUUUGUUCUUGCAAUGAAGUAAAGGAUGCAAUUUCCAAGGUUCCAUUCAAGGGGGAUUUGUAUUCCGAAAUCCGGAAUUUUUCUGUUUUGAGUAGACUAUGCCUGAUAAGAGGAAUUCUUACGGCAGUCCCUAGAACAGUACUUAAUAUUCGUUUUCUUGUAUCAACUUAUGAUGUUAAUGGUUUUCAUGCUAAUGGAGGUAAGAGCAACACAGUUCAGACAAUUCUCUAUGAUGGAAUUUUGCCUGAGCUGUGCAGGAACUGUGAGAAUCCAACUGAUAGCCAUGUUAACUUUCAUGCGUUAACUGUACUGCAGAUCUGUUUGCAACAGAUAAAAACUUCAAUACAAGCUAAUCUUUGUGACACACCUAAAGAUUAUGAUCCAAUAUCAGAGGAUAUGGGGACCCGAAUAUUGAGUAUUAUAUGGAAUAACUUGGAAGAUCCUCUCAGUCAAACUGUCAAACAAGUUCAUCUUAUUUUUGAUCUGUUUUUAGACAUCCAGUCUACCCUCCACUGGUCCAAGGGUAGUGAGAGAAUAAAAUUGUCCUUAGAGAGAAUUGCAUCAGAUCUUCUCCGCCUGGGACCACGUUGCAAGGGAAGAUAUGUUCCUUUAGCUUCUUUGACUAAGAGGUUGGGACCAAAGACUAUUUUAGAUAUGAACUCAAACUUGUUGUUUGAAACAAUCAAGGCUUACAAUGAUGAUGAUGUUUGCUGUGCUGCAACAACAUUCUUGAAGUGUUUCCUAGAGUGUUUGCGUGAUGAGUAUUGGAGCAGUGAUGGUAUUGAAACUGGUUAUGCAAAAUACCGAGGUCAUUGCUUACCUUCUGUUUUAUCUGGUCUUGCUUCUGGCAUCUCAAAACUCCGCUCAAAUUUGAACACUUAUGCAUUGCCAGUAUUGCUUGAGUUAGAUGUGGAUGCCAUCUUUCCCAUGCUUGCCUUUGUUUCGGUUGGGCAAGGUGACACAGUUGAAUUGGUUUAUCCCGAACUCAGUUAUACAUGUAUGCCUCUCAGAGUGGAGCAGCAAGUGGCCAUUUUGGUCUCAUUGCUCAAGGUGUCCCGCUUGCUUGCUUUGAUUGAAGGUGACAUUGACUGGUGUGAGAGUUUUUCAGAAUCGCAGAAAGCCAAAGACCCGAGAGUGAAUAAGAUUGAUCAUUUUGCUGUUUUCUGCAUAAAAGGGAUAAAGGUUAAAAUUUUGACUGAGUGGCUGGUACUGGCACUCACCCAUGUUGACGAGUCACUUCGCAUAGAUGCAGCAGAGUCUUUGUUUUUAAACCCAAAGACAUCAAGUCUACCAUCUUAUUUAGAACUGAGCCUGAUGAAAGAAGCAGUGCCAUUGAAUAUGAGAUGUUGUUCAACAGCUUUUCAAAUGAAAUGGAGUAGCAUGUUCAGAAAGUUCUUUUCUCGGGUUCGGACAGCCUUGGAGAGGCAAAUUAAGCAGGGAGUUUGGCAACCUCUUGCUUACUGUGAUAGUAAUGGAGUUUCUCCAUACAAGGGAACUGAAGAAACUACAGUUAACAAAGCAGAGAGUCUCUUCAACUUCAUGAAGUGGAUGAGUUCCUUUUUGUUUUUCUCGUGCUAUCCUUCUGCUCCGUAUGAGAGAAAAAUAAUGGCCAUGGAACUUAUAUUAAUAAUGAUUAAUGUUUGGUCUAUAAUACCUCCUUCACAAGGAAAGAGUGAUUCCAAUACGUCUGAUCCCAGUCUAUGUCCUUAUGAUCAAGGGUUUACUUUACCUGAUUCAACUUUGCUGUUUGUUGGUUCAGUUAUUGAUAGUUGGGAUCGUCUGAGAGAAAAUUCAUUCCAUAUUCUGCUACAUUUUCCAACUCCGCUUCCUGGAAUUUAUAGUCCAGACAUGGUCCAAAAAAUAAUUAAAUGGGCUAAGGAAUUAGUUUGCAGUCCUCGUGUUAGAGAAAGUGAUGCAGGAGCUCUGACUUUAAGACUCAUUUUUAGGAAGUAUGUAUUAGAACUUGGGUGGAUGGUCAGACCUUCGAGUAAUUUUGUUUCUUUUUAUUCACAUUCUGAAAUGUUAAAUGGAGAUGUUCAAAAUUCUUCCUCCAGCUCUCCUGUGAUGGAAUAUGUGAGAUCUCUCAUUGAUUGGUUGCAUGUCUCUGUGGAGGAGGGUGAAAAGGAUCUUUCUGAAUCAUGCAAGAAAAGUUUUGUUCAUGGUGUAUUGCUUACUCUUCGUUAUACAUUUGAGGAAUUGGACUGGAAUUCCCAUGUAGUCUUGUCUAAUCUUUGUGAGAUGAGGCUUGCAUUAGAGAAGCUCCUCCAAUUAAUCAUGCGGACAACUUCACUGGCCCUUUGGGUGGUUUCUGCUGAUGCUUGGUAUUUAUGUGAGGACAUGGACGAUAUGGUUGAUAACGAUGUCUUUUUGUCAGAGGUACCUGUUGACUUGGAUGUUUCUGUAUCUGCACUUGAACAUGACAUGAACUCAAAACUCGUACGGGAUGUUAGACAGGAAGUUAGACAGUCUGAACAGAUUGUCAUGGUUGGUUGCUGGCUAGCAAUGAAAGAGGUGAGUCUUCUUUUGGGAACCAUCAUAAGAAAAAUUCCCUUGCCUACUUCAGAUUCAUUAAAACCCGGGGAUCCAUUUCCUGAUGCCGGUGUUACUCUAAUUAUGGAACCUGAUAUAGUGCUUGACUUGAAACAACUUGAGACAAUUGGGAAUCACUUCUUGGAAGUCCUUCUCAAAAUGAAGCACAAUGGUGCAAUUGAUAAGACCAGGGCUGGAUUUACAGCUCUCUGCAACCGUUUACUCUGUUCAAAUGAUCCAAGGCUUUGUAAGUUGACAGAAUCCUGGAUGGAGCAACUUAUGGAAAGAACUGUGGCAAAGGGACAAACAGUGGAUGAUUUAUUGAGGAGAAGUGCAGGUAUUCCUGCUGCAUUCAUUGCUUUAUUUCUAUCAGAGCCAGAAGGUACACCAAAGAGGCUCCUUCCAAGGGCACUGAGAUGGCUAAUAGAGGUGGCUAACAAGUCUUUGUUGGAUUGGAAUUAUUUUGAUACUGAUUCUUCCAACAGUUUGUCUAUAAAGUCAAACCAACCAAAUGUUUUGCAGCUGUCAUCCAAGAUGGAUGCCAGUGAGAGGACCUCAAAGAUUCGUGAUGAGGGUGUUGUUCCCACUGUGCAUGCAUUUAAUGUCCUCAGAGCCACUUUCAAUGAUACAAAUCUUGCAACAGAUACAUCUGGUUUUGCUGCUGAGGCUUUGAUUAUCUCUAUCCGUUCUUUUUCAUCCACCUAUUGGGAGGUCAGGAAUAGUGCUUGCCUUGCAUAUACUGCCUUAGUUCGUCGCAUGAUUGGAUUUCUUAACAUACAGAAACGCGAUUCCACACGGCGUGCAUUAACUGGACUUGAAUUUUUUCACAGGUACCCAUCACUGCACCCAUUCUUAUUCAAUGAACUGAGAGUUGCAACUGAGUUGCUUAACGAUAAUUCUCCUCAGCAUCCAGAAUCUAACCUGGCAAAGGUUGUUCAUCCAAGCUUGUGCCCCAUGCUAAUUCUUUUGUCUCGGCUCAAGCCUUCAGCAAUUGCAAGUGAAACUGGAGACAACCUGGACCCUUUCCUGUUCAUGCCAUUUAUAAGGAGAUGUUCCAUUCAAAGCAAUUAUCGAAUUCGUGUUCUUGCAUCGAGAGCUUUAACAGGGUUGGUAUCUAAUGAGAAACUGCCAAUUGUCCUGCUUGAUAUUGCCUCUGGGUUGCCUUGUACUGAGAGCCAAAUGGUACUGGCAUCAGACUCAUAUCGCCCAGUCAGCAUGAAUGAUGAAAAGCCGACUGUCUCUUUGAAUUCAAUUCAUGGAACGCUACUGCAGAUGAUCUCUCUGUUGGAAAUUAAUUGUAUGAAUCUGGCUGAUUUUUCUAAGAUCGAUCAAAUUAUUGGAGACUUGAUUCAAGUUCUAGUGAUGCGUUCUUGGAUUGGAAGACCCAGAUUGUGCCCUUGCCCCACCAUCAACAGCUCCUUCUUAAGGGUGCUAGAUAACAUGCUCAGUAUCGCGAGAAUGUUCCAGAUGAGCAAAAAUAUUGGUCCCAUUUGGAACCUCCUUUGGGAAUUAUCUUCAGAAUGCUUGGAUUUAGAAGCUACCCAGGGUGUACCUUAUUAUGAUCCAACCAUAGUAGAAUUUCGCAACCAGGGAACAGUUUCCUACUUCAAUUGUGUUUUUCAAGCAUCUAAAGAUGAUGCUGAAGAAAAUUCCCCAAUGCAACAACAAUGCUUUUCACCUGCAUUGCAUUUUGUUAUGAUACCUGAAAGGGAGGAUGCCCCUUCCAGGUUUCAGCAGAGGUUGAUACUCUCCAUGUCAGAUGCUUCAUAUGAAGUUCGAAUUGCAACAUUGAAGUGGCUUCUUGUGUUUCUGAAAGCUACGGAGUCUGGUAUGGGGCCUAGUGACAAAUCUAUGGCCGAGAUAAGCAUUGUACAGUGGUUCAAAACUAACCUACAGACAACACUGAUGAAGCUUUUAGUGACAGAGAAGAACAAGAAAUGUACAUAUUACAUCCUAAGAAUUAUUUUUACUUGGAACUUGCUGCAAUUUCAAAAACCAGGCAGUGUCCAAUGUGGGGAAUCUGUAUACAUUGGGGAAAUGGAUUGUGAUUCGGUCUUACAGUUUUGGAGUAAGUUAGUUUCUUUAUAUGAGCUUACAAGACAUGUGAAGACUCGAGAAACAAUUAUCUGUUGCCUUGGAAUAUGUAUGAAGCGUUUUGCAGAUAUAUUUACAAGCUUGGUUAUUUCAAACUUAGAGAUGAAGACAACAUUUGAGUCUAGCAAAUCCGAUCAAGUUGGGAGAUUGGCUCAAAUGUAUGAUUGUGUUGCUUUCUAUGUUUACCUUAUCGACCAACACAGUGCCUCGUCUGAGCCUGUCAAUAUGAGGAGGGCAGCUGCAGAAUCUUUGUUAGCAUCUGGCUUGCUGGAACAAGCCGGACUUAUUGGCCCCCUUGUCUUAAAUAGUAGAAUACCAUCAGAAAAUUCAUCUACCCGUUUUGAGCCAGAAGAAGCCGUCAAUAUGUAUGGACAUAAAAUACUAGAUAUAUGGUUCGCUUGUAUUAAACUUUUGGAAGAUGAAGACGUGGGGCUUAGAAGGAAGCUUGCUAAAGAUGUGCAGAAGUGCUUCGCUUUAAAUAGAUCUGGAGAAAUCUCCAAGUCUGCAGCCGUCCCCUCCCAAGUUGAAAAAGUGACUGAAUUGAGUUUUGAGCAUCUAUCAUCAGUCUUUGGUAACUGGCUCGAGUACUUCAAUUAUCUCGCGCAAUGGGUUCUGAAUACAGCAAACAGUGUAAUAUCCACGGGCGAUCUUGUCAGACGGGUCUUUGACAAGGAGAUUGAUAAUCAUCACGAAGAAAAGCUGUUGAUCUGUCAGAUCUGUUGUUCCCACUUGGAGAAGCUUCCUGUUUCAGGAUCCUGGGCAGUUGACUUCUCCGACCAGCAGGGGAUCAGGAACUUCUUACACACAUGGAGAACGAGAUUUCGCAAUCAAUUGAUGUCAUUUGCAAAUAACCAUAUUGGCAGCCAAGGUGAGGUUGAUUGGAUUGGCAGUGUUGGUAACCACAAAGAUGCAUUUUUGCCAUUAUAUGCAAAUUUGCUUGGUUUUUAUGCCCUCUCAAACUGCGUCUUCCUAGGGGAAUCCGGAAAUGGCAAGUCUCUACUCGCCGAUGUUGUUGAACUGGGAGAAGCUAUCAAUCCAUUUCUUAGGAACCCUUUAAUCAUGAACCUGUAUCUGUUAGUAGUUAAGUCGUAUGAGAAAAUGUUGGGUGCAUCUCCAGGCCAUCUGAUUGGCAGAUUUGGAGAGGGAUCAACCUGGCAUGGUUUUGAUCCUUAUUUUUUGCUUAGGUGAGACAUAAUUUGUGCACCAGCUAGCUUCUUUUUUGGGAGGGGGGGGAGCAAUUUUCUCCUCUUUACCAUGUAAUGCUUGCUGUACUAGUAUUAGUAUUAGAGAGAGGAUAUAUUGAUCCAUUUGUUGUUGUCUACUUGGUUCUCACUGUGAAACUUAUGGUUCAGUUAGGUCCAUACUUGUGCUGAUCACCUCUUCACGUA